CCAGUACAAGUGGACCAGCCUGCUGCCGCAGCCCAGCAGAUGCCGACCUCACCUCGCCCGCGCCCGGCAACGUCGCGCGGCACGUGAGAUCCUCCCCGCCCCCACCCGCACCCGCGCUCCCCAACGGCUAUAUUCCACCCGUUCCCCAUCAUCCUCUCCUCUGCUUGGUGCUUGCCCACCAAAACCCCUGCAUUUAAAUCUCCAGCACGGCCCCCCGCGAUCUCCCGCUCUACUUACUGCUCCCUGCAUCCCCACUCGAUCCAAUCCCCGCUCGCUGACGCCGCUCUUCGACCCCCUGCCAUCGAUGGCGACGCCGCGGAAGCAGCAGCCGCAGCCGCAGGGCGCGGUGUCGGUGCAGCACGUGGCGAAGGCGUCCUCGGACGAGCUCCUCCGCAAGUUCGCCGACCCGGACGCGCGCCACCUCGCCACCACCCCGCCCCGCCGCAGCCUCGCGCUCCGCCGCAAGCGCUCGUCCCGGCGCGUGGCCUCGGGGCUUUCCGCGCGGGACUCCGAAGCGUCGGCGUCCGCGGGGGCCGCGGAGCUGGCGGCGCCCAAGAGGCGGCGGAGCAUCGGCGGGUCGGCGGACUGGAGGGCGGGGCUGCUCCUGCCGACAACCACGGCAGCAUCCGCGCGGAAGGGCCAGGCCCGCCGGGGAGGGGCCGCGCGGCUCGACGACGCCGCUGGCAUCGGCCUCAUCCUCGCCGCGCUGGAGCGGACGUGGAGGAAGACGGUGGCGGGGGCGUCCAAGAUGUUCGUGGAGAGGCACCGGACCAACCACGUCCUGCUCAUCAGCGACAUGGUCUGACACUCUGAGCCAAACUCUGCCACGCGAUGAUCGAGCCCUUUCGCUCGAUUUGGUUUCCUUUUAAAGUUAUUAAUUCGUUCAAUUGAGCAUUCGUUUUAGAAUCUGUUAGCAGAAUAAAAUGGUAGGGAAGAAUGAGCUAGGGUGAACUAGCUACUUACCUCUGUGUAGUUCAGCUUCUUCGCUGCCAAUUGCCGGUGUGAUUUCCCGUGUGUUCGUUUGUGUGUUCUUUCGCUCUGGUGAACCAUCGUCUCAGCGACCAUGUUGUAAAUUGAAGUUUGCAAAGUACGUUAUCAGCGUUGUGCUAAGAAUUGGAUUUGCAUCAUCAA